UCAAGUACUUGCUUGCCUCCUCCUCCUCCUCUUCUCCGCUUGUUCGCAGAGGAGAAGAGGAUACUUCAUCUUUCAUCUCACUGUCUUACAACCUCUAUACAUGGUGAAUAUAUUCUUGUAUUGUCUUGUCCCAUACUAUAUUCCUUAUAGUAGUUGUAGAGGUAUCUGACUAUCAUAUUCCCUCAAAAAAUCGUUUUUCGAUGCAUUUGCGUAAAAUUGACUCUUAUAUGCAGCAAACGUCUAUUCUUAGUCAUAGUAACACAACUGAUUCUGGGUAUACUGAGAACCGAUAGAGAGCAGUUUCAGGGUUGCUAAUAAUGGGUAAAGAGAGUUCACAAGUUGCUCGACAUGAAAACAAAGAUGUGGUGUUUUCUAGUUCUGGCAUUAAGCUUCAAUGGUCUUGUCAAGAUGGAAGUAAUUUUCAUUCUAAAAGCCUGUUUGGCAGUGUUACUCGGGUUGGGGGUGGUUUGGGGCUUUCUCCUCAUGUGCCAAAUUCGGUGGAGAGUGUUACAAAGCUCCCUGUUGCAGAUUCACUGAUGAAAUAUGUGGUUGUACCUGAGUCGGGUUUGAGGGUUGAUAAGGUGCCGGAGUUGGUGUUAAGUGAGGCAUUGAAUGGUGAAGAGCUAGAGGUGGUGAAGAAUAAUAGGAAAAAGGGCGGUAUUAGAUUGAAAAUUAAGAUAGGAAAUUCAUCGUUAAGGAGGUUAAUCAGUGGGGCAAUUGCGGGUGCUGUAUCUCGCACAGCUGUUGCUCCUUUGGAGACAAUAAGGACUCAUUUGAUGGUUGGGAGCUGCGGGCAUUCCACUGGGGAGGUGUUUGACAGUAUCAUGAAGAGUGAUGGAUGGAAGGGUUUGUUCCGUGGCAAUUUUGUUAAUAUCAUUCGUGUUGCACCAAGCAAGGCUAUUGAGUUGUUUGCUUACGAGACAGUUAAGAAUCAUUUGACACCUAAACCCGGUGAACAGCCCAAACUUCCUAUUCCUGCCUCUUCUAUUGCUGGUGCUGUGGCAGGAGUCAGCUCAACCUUAUGCACAUACCCUCUUGAAUUACUUAAAACCAGAAUAACGAUCCAGAGAGGAGUGUACAAGAACCUUUUCCAUGCGUUCUUUAAAAUUGUAAGGGAGGAGGGACCAGCAGAACUAUAUCGAGGCCUCACCCCAAGUCUCAUAGGAGUAAUUCCAUAUGCUGCUGCUAAUUAUUUUGCUUAUGAUACAAUGAGGAAAGCUUACAAAAAGACUUUUAAAAAGGAGGGAAUUGGAAACAUCAUGACCCUUCUAAUAGGAGCAGCAGCUGGUGCAAUCUCAAGUACAACAAGCUUCCCCCUUGAGGUGGCUCGGAAACAUAUGCAAGCCGGUUCCCUCAGUGGUAGACAGUACCAAAACAUGCUUCAUGCUCUUGCUAGCAUACUCGAGAAUGAAGGGCUUCUAGGUCUUUAUAGAGGACUGGGGCCAAGCUGCAUGAAAUUGGUUCCUGCAGCAGGCAUUUCUUUCAUGUGCUAUGAGGCAUGCAAGAAGAUACUGAGUGAGUAAGCUUGUGGUUCAUUGAGAGAGGUUGGAGAUUAGAAUUCUUUUCAUUUACUUCAGGAUAUUUUAGUAUUUGUACUUGGUCGUUUAUGUUUGCUUAACAUUGUCAUUUUUGAGGUUACGCAUGUCAAAACACCACAAGUAGCUUUGUCUG